AUGGCCUAUGACCACUAUGUUGCCAUCUGCAGACCCCUGCACUAUGGGACCCUCAUGGGCAGCAGAGCUUGUGUCAAAAUGGCAGCAGCUGCCUGGGCCAGUGGCUUUCUCAAUGCUCUCCUGCACACUGCAAACACAUUUUCAAUACCACUCUGCCAAGGCAACACAGUGGAGCAGUUCUUCUGUGAAGUCCCCCAGAUCCUCAAGCUCUCCUGCUCAGACUCCUACCUCAGGGAAGUUGGGCUUCUUGUGGUUAGUCUUUGUUUGGUCUUUGGGUGUUUCAUUUUCAUUGUGCUGUCCUACGUGCAGAUCUUCACAGUUGUGCUGAGGAUCCCCUCUGAGCAGGGCCGGCACAAAGCCUUUUCCAUGUGCCUCCCGCACCUGGCCGUGGUCUCCCUGUUUGUCAGUACUUCAUUUUUUGCCUACCUGAAGCCCCCCUCCAUCUCCUCCCCAGCUCUGGAUCUGGUGGUGGCUGUUCUGUACUCAGUGGUGCCUCCAGCAGUGAACCCCCUCAUC